CUUCAUUAUUCCACCACGCAGCCAUUUAAUUUGGCCAGUGGCUGUCGAGGCGAUUUCGGAGUUCGGUUAAACCUGGCGAUCCCAGAUUGUCGAUGACGCGGCCCACACGCAAAGAUUUGUUCGUACCGAAACCAAACAUAGCUUUGUUUUUCUUCUUGUAUUCGUCAAAACUAUCAAACAUGUCUAUUCCGCUUAUGAUUCCUCAGCGUGAAAUCGGAAAGACCGGUGUCAAAACGUCAGCUGUUGGCCUUGGGUGCAUGAGUUUGGCUCCCGGUGUCUACGGAAGUGUUGACGACGACAAUAGCAUUCGCUUACUCAACAAGGCUCUGGAGAUCGGAUGUAACUUUUGGGAUACCGCAGAUAUCUACGGAAUGGGUCAUAGUGAGAAGAUUAUCUCCAAAGUGCUCAAGGAUAGAAGACAGGAGGUGUUUCUCGCUACAAAAUUUGCUAUUGACCGCUCAGGACCAACCACCAAGAUCAACGGUUCACCAGAAUAUUUAACAAAGGCGUGCGACGCAUCUUUGGAGCGAUUGGGAACUGAUUAUAUCGACUUGUACUAUUCCCAUCGUAUUGACCCCAACACACCCAUUGAAGAAACCGUGGGCGCCAUGGCCAAACUGGUCGAAAAAGGAAAGGUCAAGUAUCUUGGGCUGUCUGAGUGUUCUGCAGAUACACUUCGUCGCGCCUACAAGGUUCAUCCCAUUGCUGCCGUCCAAGUUGAGUACAGCCCGUGGACUCUGGACAUCGAGAAAAAUGGAUUACUCCAAGCUUGUCGGGAGCUUGGUGUGUCAAUUGUCGCCUAUUCUCCGUUAGGACGAGGUUUCCUCGCUGGCAAUAUCAGACAUUUCGAUGAUUUGGAAGCGGAUGACUGGCGUCGCACCAAUCCUCGCUUCCAGGGCGAAAACUUCACCAAAAAUCUUAAACUCGCUGAUAACAUCAAGGCUUUUGCCGAGAAGAAAAACGUUACAGCUGCGCAGCUUACGCUUGCGUGGUUACUUGCUCAGGGCGAUGAUAUUUUUGUCAUUCCUGGAACUCGCAAAGAGAAGUAUCUUUUGGAUAAUGCUGCUGGCGGUGCUAUACAACUUUCUAAGGCAGAGGUGAAUGAAAUCCGCAAUACAGCAGUGACCUUCCAAGUUUCUGGAGAACGCUACCCCGAAGACGGUAUGAAAGCCUUGAAUCAUUGAUAAAUUGUAGCUGGCGUAUGUAUAUGAAAUUCUCGUAUGAAAAUAAAAUAUGAUAUGGUGCUGCAAAAGUGCUCAGCCAGAAUGAAUUUGCCUGUGACUUGCC